GUUCAUCCGACCGACGAGUUGUGCUAGCCGUUUUCCCCAGGGAACACCAAAUCCACGAGAUACGAAAGGAUCGGCAGAAGAAUACCCAUCAGGGGUAGCGACAAGAGGGGCCGCUGCUUGGCGGAGGAGGAAGGAAAUACAUGAGCUCAGAGGCUCGACGACUGUGAAAGUCUGUUUUCUCUCUUUUUACAGCCUAAAGGAGGGAGUGUGAUAUCAUAAAGACCAAGAUGGGUGGCCUGAACGGCCGGCUGCUGAGGUCGGCGGUGGUCGGGGCCGUCCUGGCCGGCGGCGUGCUGGGGGCGGAUAUCCUCCAGACAUCGGGCUUCAGCAGCUGUAACGCAGACGCCGACAUCUCGGUGCAGAAGGUGGACAUCACAUACAACAACGAGGACAAGACGGUUUCCUUCGACGUGGCGGGAUCGAGUAACAAGGUGCAGAACGUGACGGCGAUCCUGGACGUCACGGCGUACGGCCAGACGGUCUACUCCAACUCGUUCAAUCCGUGCCAUGCGGAUACAUUCGUAGACCAACUCUGUCCCGUUCCCGCCGGCAACUUCUCCGCGAAGGGGACUCAGAAGAUACCCGACCAAUACGCAGACAUGGUACCCGCGAUAGCCUUCCAGGUUCCCGACAUCGCGGCGAUGGCCAAGCUGCAGCUGCAAUCGAUGGAGUCCGGCGACAACGUGGCGUGCAUCCAGUCCCAGGUGACCAACGGGAAGACAGCCAGCCUGCCGGCCGUGUCGUACGUGGCCGCCGGCAUAGCAGGAGCGGCUCUGGUGCUGGGAGGCGUGUCGGCGAUGGGGGCGGCCAUGGCGGGGGGCGGCAGCGCUGCGGCCGGUGGAGGCUCGGCUGCGGGCGCGGGAGCGCCCAGUCCCACGUUUACCGAGGUGGCAGGCUGGUUCCAGAGCAUGGCGAUGAACGGCAUGAUGUCGGUCAACUACCCCAGCGUCUACCGGAACUUCGCCAAGAACUUUGGCUUCUCGACCGGCCUGAUCUCGUGGCGGCAGAUGCAGCUGUCCAUCGACGACUUCCGCGCCGCCACCGGCGGCAACCUCACCAACAACAGCGUCGAGUUCCUCGAGAAGGCCACGCUGGUCUACCCCGACGGCUACAUGCAGACGCCCGGCCAGAGCCUGGGCAAGAGGGGGCUGGAUGAGCUUGCGCGUCUGGUGGCGCGCCAGAUCGAGACGAGCGUCAACGGCACGCUCGACGAGAGCGGCCCGUCGUCGCAGCAGCAGGGGGGCGGCGGCGUCGAAGCCACGGUGCACACGGCGGUCUCGGGCUUCCAGGGAUUCGUGGAGCAGUACAGCGUUCCGUCGGGUAACACGUUCAUGACGGUGCUGCUCGUGGUCGCCAUCGUCGUCGCGGCCAUCGUCGUGGGCAUCCUGCUGGUCAAGGUCGUGCUGGAGUUCUGGGCGCUGUUCGGCAGCUUCCCCAAGUCGCUGGUGGGCUUCCGCAAGCACUACUGGCGCUCGAUCGCGCGCGCCAUCACGUCGCUGAUCCUGCUGCUGUACGGCAUCUGGGUGCUGUACUGCGUCUUCCAGUUCACCCAGGGCGACUCAUGGGCGGCCAAGGUGCUGGCCGGCGUCACGCUGUUCCUCUUCACCGCCGUCCUGGCCUUCUUCUCGUGGAAGAUCUGGAGCACCGCGCGCCGGCUCAAGGCGAUGGAGGGCGACGUCGGCGCGCUGUACGAGGAUAAGAAGAUCUGGGUCAAGUACAGCCUGUUCUAUGAGUCGUACCGGCGCGACUACUGGUGGAUCUUUGUGCCCACCAUCGUCUACAUGUUCGCCAAGGGCUGCGUGCUGGCGGCGGCGGACGGCCACGGGAUGGCGCAGACGAUCGCGCAGCUGGUAGUCGAGGGCGUCAUGCUGUGCCUGCUGCUCUGGAGCCGCCCGUACGAGCGCCGGUCGAGCAACUUCAUCAACAUCUGCAUCCAGGUGGUGCGGGUGCUGUCGGUCGUGUGCAUCCUGGUCUUCGUCGAGGAGUUCGGCAUCGCCCAGACGACCCAGACCGUCACCGGCGUGGUCCUCAUCGCGCUGCAGUCGGCCCUCACCGGCAUCCUGGCCAUCCUGAUCGCCUGGAACGCCAUCAUCGCCUGUUGCAAGGAGAACCCGCAUCGGAAGCGCCGUAAGGAAAUGGAAAAAAUGCAGCGCGACACCCUCACCCCGCUCGACCCGCGCAACUCCCUGCUGAUGGACCGGCACAUGAAGAGGGCGUCCGCGGCCAACGAUCUCGAGUCGUCCCUCUCCCUGUCCAAAACGGGCUACGCCGCCGUCGACUCCAAGCAGAUCCCUCUCCAGGAGAAGUAUGCCGCCUCCAAGCGGCUCUCGUCGAAGCCCAGCGGAUACGCGCCGUUGCCGCUGCCGGAGGACAAUUCGAGCCGGGAAGAUCUGGUAACGAGCGCCGCUCCCUUCGGCGGGGUCGGUGGUGCUACGGAUCCACGGCAGCCCACGCUACCUCAUGUUGGCACCGCCGGGGGGUAUCGGCAGCCGCAGGCCGGGUAUGGCGGUGGCUAUCAGAAUGGGUAUCGGGGUGCGGGUGGUGGUGGGUACGGCGGGUACUGAGUUGUGAAGAACGGCGGGAGAAAAAAAGGGGGGAGUGAGAUGGGGAGAGACGUGGUGGUUGUGGGUGCAUCUACCUGAAUACCUGCCUGACUGGGCUUUAACACUGCGAGCGACGACUGCAUAUUGGCGACUUGAUAUCCUAUGUAUUUAUUUCCUAGACUACUACUUCCUAUUACUACUAGAUCUGAAGAGCUAAAUCAAACAUUUGACAAGAAUUGAGGGCGUCAAUCAUGGAGUGCGAACAAUGUAAGGUAGACGAGCA